ACGGCUGAUAGUAGAUUGGUGAAAGAAUACGAAAUCGCCUUCGUGUCUACUGGUGAUGUAUUGCGUAAAGAAAUUCGUGAUCGAACACCAGUCGGACGAGAAGCCGAAGCGGUCGUAGCUAGUGGAGGACUCGUACCGGACGAACUGAUGUUGGAGAUUAUAAAAGCUGAGUUGGACAGGUUACGUGGUAAAAGUUGGAUCAUGGAUGGUUUUCCUCGAACAUUACAUCAAGGAGAACUUCUCGAUUCAGUGUUGAACCAAGAGGGCAGACCUUUGAAUAUGAUCGUUCAUCUCAACGUCCCCGAUCAGGUGAUCAUGGCACGGAUAGAGGCCCGUUGGGUUCAUUUGCCUUCUGGUAGAGUUUACAAUACCUCAUACUCCGCCCCUAAAGUAGCUGGAAGAGACGAUAUCACUGGAGAACCUUUAUCUCGUCGGCCAGAUGACACACCUGAUACUUUUUCUAAACGCUUAAAAGCGUAUUAUGAGAGUACUGCUCCGUUACUC